AUGUCUACGAAGCAAGCGCUGGCUCUCGAUUGGGCCGUGCACCGGUAUCUCUGGAGAGGUCAGGCGCUGUACAUCCGGUCGUUGUUUGAGGCGAAUAAAAACAUACGAGAUCCCAGACAACAGAGGGCAUUGUUCCAAGAGGCGGAGGAGCUGCUUGAGAAGUGGAAACACCCUGAUCCAUACCAUGCACCAACCGCCCCCGGAGGAUCCAAGUUUGAAAGAAACCUCCCAGCACCAAUUCUCGACCCGCCACGUCCUAUGAUUUUGUAG